AUGCAUGAUGAGUUGUCCACAAGCACCGAGUAUGCAGAUCUUAAAGAUGAAUUGGCACAAAUGAGAGGAGAAAUUGAAAAGCUCCGACAUGAAGAGCUGCUGCAAGGGGACGAGAUCCGUGCACUCAAGGCCGAAGUCCGAUCUUACCAGGAUGAGCUGAGGGUGCUGAACGGCAAAGUCCAAAAGGUCGAAGACCAAGCGUUACAGGAGGCUUCCGCCUUCGGCUACGAACGCAUCAAGACCUGGGAUCUUGCUGCGCACCGUGAUCGACCAGUGGUCAAUGCGUUGCUCUGCCUGACCGGCCUUAUCACCGAUCGUACGAUCUAUCCGGAUCUGUACGGAGUGAGCCCAGACACCAUGAAACGAUGGAAGGACGUCCCUGAGAUGAUUGAGAUCACGAAUUUCCACGCUUCGCUGCAGAGUGAGGGAAGGCUGACAAAGGACUUUCGGGUCCCCUUUGACCGUCUAGUUGAAAUGGGGAAGACCUUUGUCUCCUCAAUUGAGAAGACCCUGUCCGGACCGGAUAAACUAUACUCUACGCUGAAACGAUAG